AUGCUUCCUCGUUCCUUUUUUCUUUCUUUCUUCGCUUUCUGUCUAUGUAUUAGCAUCCCCUCCUUUGUCUUUGCACAAGAUGCUUCCAAACCUACUUCCAUCAUUUCCUCCAGCACAACUACCUACAGAGUUUUGCCAACACCUUCCGUUGCUACUCUCGGAAUCCCACAAACCCCUUCAGACGACCAGCCUUAUCGUGGAAGAAACUGUCCUGGCUAUCGCGCUCUUAACGUCUCUGAAUCAUCCAAUGGUGUAAUUGCUACUCUCGCCCUUCGCGGUCCUGCUUGCUAUGCUUAUGGCAAUGAUUACUCCCAUCUACUCUUAAAUGUCUCCUAUGAUACAGUAGACCGUAUUCAUGUUUCCAUUUCUGACCUUGAAGGCAAACAAUUCCGUUUUACCAACCGUUCUGACGUUUGGGAUGCUCCUCUUUAUCAUGAUCUAACUCAUCCUUCCAAUCGCUCUUACUCCUUCUUAUACAAUGCCGAUCCCUUUGAGUUUUGGGUUGUCAGAACUACAGAUGGAGAAGUCUUGUUCGACACCCGUGGCCAUUCUCUCAUUUUCCAAGAUCAAUAUAUUGAACUCACCACUAACAUGGUCGAAAAUUACAAUCUUUAUGGGCUUGCAGAGACAGUCCAUGGUCUUCGACUUGGUAAUAAUUUAACUAGGACCUUUUGGGCCAAUGGCGAUCCUUCCCCUCUUGAUAGCAAUGCCUAUGGUACUCAUCCAUUUUAUUUGGAACAAAGAUACAGCCCUGAACGUAAUGAUUCUUCAGUUAAUCAAACCGAAUACCAUUCUUCUUCUCAUGGUGUGCUCAUGCUUACCGCAAAUGGCAUGGAAGUCUUAUUGCGCCCAAAUUAUUUACAAUACCGAAUGAUUGGUGGCGUAGUCGAUUUGUACAUUUACGUCGGAGGUUCAGAUGAUCCCAAAAAAACGGUUUCCCAAUUCGUAAAGUCUAUCGGAACACCGUCUAUGCAGCAGUAUUGGACACUCGGAUUUCAUAUCAGCAGGUGGGGCUACUCUAACGUCUCUGAUAUUUUGGAUGUCCGAAAAGGCUUUUCCGAUUUUCAAAUCCCUGUCGAUACAUUCUGGAAUGAUAUCGAUUACAUGUACAUGUAUAGAGACUUUACAAUGGAUCCAAUUUCGUAUUCCAAAGGCAACAUGGUGGAUUUCUUUAAAACCAUAGAGUCCACACAUCAACACUAUGUUCCUAUGAUAGAUGCCGCUAUCUAUGCUGCCAAUCCUAAUAACAGAAGUGAUGAUUCCUACUACCCAUAUUAUAAAGGAAUCGAGGAUGACAUCUUUAUAAAGAAUCCAAACGGGUCCAUUUACGUGGGAAAUGUUUGGCCUGGUUAUACAGUAUUCCCCGAUUUUACGAAUCCUGCGAGUAGCACAUACUGGAAAGAUUGCCUUUUUAAUCUUACUCAAGAUUUCGGAGCUAACUCUAGUGAAUUACCUACAUUUACUGGUUUAUGGAUUGAUAUGAAUGAGCCAACUUCAUUUUGUGUUGGAUCAUGUGGUUCGGGUCACUUGGAUGAAAAUCCGGUGCACGUAGCCUUCGUUUUAGAGGGCGAAACUAAUAACGUUGUAUAUUCAUAUCCAGAAGGAUUCAACAUCACAAAUGUUACUGAGUACUCAGCCAUUUACAUGUCCUCUCUCUCUCAAUAUCAUGCUACAGCUACCUCCACUAUGGAGAAAGUUAAGGGCUCACCCACUCCUUUGAAUUCUAAGCCAGAACAUAAUUUCAAUAAUCCACCUUACGCACUUACUAUCGAGCAGGGUAAUGGUGACCUUGCCAAUGAAGGACUGAGUACAAAUGCUACUUACCAUGAUGGUACCGUAAGGUAUAAUCUUUUCAAUAUCUAUGGUUAUGGAAUGGCAAAAGCAACUUACGAUGCUUUGGCUUCGAUCUACGAGAAUAAGCGUCCUUUCAUUUUAAGUCGAUCCACAUUUUUGUCUUCUGGAAGAUAUGCCGCUCAUUGGUUAGGCGAUAAUUAUUCUUUAUGGUCGAACAUGUUCUUUUCCAUUCCCGGAAUGCUUACGUUCAACAUGGUUGGCCUUCCAAUGGUUGGUGCUGAUGCCUGUGGUUUUAUGGGCAAUACAGAUGAGGACCUAUGUUCGCGAUGGAUGGCUAUGGCUGCAUUUUCUCCAUUCUUUAGAAACCACAAUAGCUUAGGCUCAAUAUCUCAAGAACCUUACAGAUGGGAGUCUGUUGCUGAAUCUUCUAGGAGGGCGAUGAGUAUUCGCUAUUCUCUUCUACCUUAUUGGUACACUUUAAUGAAAGACGCUCAUUCUGACGGAUUCCCGAUGUUACGGGCAUUGUUUCUUGAAUUUCCAAAUGAGCAAAACUUGGCCGCAGUUGAUAGACAGUUUAUGGUCGGUGAUGCACUAUUAAUCACACCAGUACUUGAGCCAAACGUUAGUCACGUCCAGGGUGUUUUCCCUGGAAACAAUGGUACCAAAUGGUACGAUUGGUAUAAUCAUACAGUCAUUGAAAGACAGUAUGGUGAAAAUGUUACACUGUAUGCUCCCCUAGAGCAUAUUAACGUCGCAAUUCGAGGUGGAAAGAUUAUUCCCCUUCAGGUGCCUUCUCUUACCACUUAUGAGACGCGUCAAAACCCAUUCAAUCUUUUAGUGGCCCUUGAUUCUAAUGAAUUUUCAGAGGGAACGAUUUACAUUGAUGACGGUGAGUCCAUCACUCAAAACAGCACUUUGAUAACAGAAUUGCAUUGUAAUUCAAACAAGUUGUCAGUUUCAUCAGUAGGUGAUUAUCAUGUUCAGCCCCCCUUGGCUAAUGUUACUGUACUUGGUCUCUCCCAAGCACCUAGCAGAGUUCUAAUGCAGAACACUGAAAUUCAUACUUUUACCUAUGUAAAUGCAACUAAGGAACUUGUUAUCACCAAUUUAGACAAUUAUACCAUGAACGGUGCUUUUUCGACAAAUUGGACAAUUUCAUGGUAA